UUGAAUUCGUCGGUAUAUCUACGGCUGCUUUCUUGUUUUGCUUGUACAUAACACCUAGCUAUAAUGUCUGAAGAAAGUGGUUGGCAGCUCACAGAAUCCGAUCCGGGUGUAUUCACUGAGCUCUUAAAAACGCUUGGCGUAAAGCUUGCUGUAGACGACCUCUACUCACUCGAGUCCUCAGUCCUUUCUACAUUUCAACCCAUCCACGCACUUAUAUUCCUCUUCAAAUGGGUUUCAAAUCAGGACGAACGAGGAGGCGCGACGGGUGAAUACGACGACGCCUUUCCAGGAUUCUUCGCACACCAAGUCGUUAAUAACGCAUGUGCAACCCUCGCAGUGCUUAACGCCCUCCUCAACAUACCCUCCAUCACUCUCGGUCCGGAACUACGAGACUUACAGUCAUUCACGACGGGUAUGGAUCCCCAGACGCGUGGAAUGGCAAUUACGAGCUCGGAGUUUUUAAGAGAGGCGCAUAAUGCACUUUCUCCACCAAACGUGAUCAGCAUGGACGGGCUGAACUUACCCAAGGAGUCGGAGGACGCGUAUCAUUUUGUAGUGUAUCUACCAGUGAUGGGGUGCGUGUAUGAAUUGGAUGGGUUAAAAAGAUGUCCUGUGAGGCAUGGACCGUAUACAGAGAGCGGGGAAGGCUGGGUUGCGAAGGCAAGAGAAAUUAUUGAGGCCCGGAUUGCCACAUAUCCUCCCGGCUCUCUUGAAUUCAAUCUCAUGGCUAUCCAUGAGGAUAAACUCCCGCAGCUAGAGGCACAGCUUCAAGCCGCUCAAUCAUCCGGUAACGAUUUAAUAGCCGCUGAACUCGCCGCGCGGAUAUCACAGGAUAACGAGAAGCGGACUCGAUGGGCUUUUGAAAAUAGUUUACGAAGACAUAACCACGUCGGUCUCGUACACGCCCUAACGCUCGCACUGGCUAAGGCCGGUAGGUUAGAAGGGGCUGCUGCACAGGCGAGGACGAAGAUGAAAGAGCGAAUAGAAAAGAGGCAAAGAGAGGGCAAAAUGGAGGAAUAAAUAGGUGUAAUUGACGUAUGUUUUAGUUCCCUCGUACUGUCAAAUCAGUUGGGAACGACUCAAAAUUAUUAUUUGGCGUGAGCCUUUGUUUUUGAGAAUGUAGGAUUUCUUCCUGUUAACUGGACAUAGAGUACCAAAACAAUGCGUCGGUGGUCGAGGUUACAUAAUAUAAACUUACUUCGCCACAUAGAUCACAUGAUCUCACUGUUACAGGAACUUACA